GCUUGGUUUGAUGCGUUUCGUACAUGUCUCAUUAAACGAAAGUAUGAAUUAGAUGAUAUAUAUAAUAUAAACAAAAUCAGAUUUGGAGUUAGAAGUACUCAAAGUAUGCGUAUUAUAGUCGAUUCUACUCAGAAAUCGAAUUGGAAAGUUACAGCUAGCAAACAAGAAUGA